CUUCAAGAGUCAGUAUCAUUUGGCAUGCCCAGCGAUCGGUUUGCCAAGAGCACGAGAAGUUCGAGAUAGGAGCGAAUACCAGAGAUAUAGGAGGCAUACCUCUUAUGCCCGGCGAGAGCACGGACGGCGGAGUGAAAGAUCGAGCAGGAUGAUGAGCCUGAUUAGACUGGGACUGGCGCUGCUGCUCCUGCUGGCCACCGUGUCGCACUUGCUGCAGCCGGUCCAGGGACGUCGGAAGAUGUGCGGCGAGGCUCUGAUCCAGGCACUGGAUGUGAUUUGUGUCAAUGGAUUCACACGCCGCGUCAGGCGGAGCAGUGCCUCAAAGGAUGGUAGAGUGCGUGAGCUGAUCCGUAAGCUCCAGCAGCCGGUCGAGGACACCGAACGGGUGAUGGGAAUGGGAAGAGUGACGGAUAAGGACACGAAUACGGAUACGGAUAUGGAGAUGGGUGAGCCACCCGCCGGCGGACGUGGACGCAGGUUGCGACGCCAUCGGCGACGCAUUGCCCACGAGUGCUGCAAGGAGGGCUGCACCUACGACGAUAUACUGGACUACUGUGCCUGAUGACCAGGAUGGCCAAACGAAUCCCAGAAACCAGAUUCCAAAUGUCAAGUACCAGAUGAACCCGUCAUGGCUGAGAUUUUGUGGUGGCAGGGCACAAUACCCGGACCGGCAGGCUUUUUGCAAUUCAUUUUCCUACUACACUUAACCCUUUAAAUAUAAACGUAAUCGUAUUUCCAAAUAUUUCAUUGUAAAAUUUCUAGUGGAGGCAAAUAAAGUUACUCUCCAAGCAGCAGCAGAAACAAAA